CACACCUUUUGACAUCGUAUAGUAAACCACCUCAUUCAAACACAAGAGAUGAGGCCGUUUCUGAUUUCCAUGUUGGCCUUUGCCGUAUUCGGCGCGACCUUCGCCGAAGAGGCAAAGAAAACCGAAAAGCGUGGUAUCAUCAGUAGCGGAUACGGCGUUGGCGGUUUAGAUGGCGGCCAUGGAGGUCUAGGAGGUGGAAUUGGAGGAGGUCUUGGAGGUGGACAUGGCUUCGGGGCUGGCGGAAUUGGAGGCGGAUAUGGGGGCGGAUAUGGAGGAGGAUUAGGAGGAGGGUUGGGAGGAGGAUUAGGAGGAGGAUUCGGGGGAGGAUUCGGUGGAGGUUUCGGAGGAGGAUUCGGUGGAGGAGCUGGUGGAUUUGGCGGUGGAGCUGGUGGUGGUGCUGGAGGUGGUGCCACAGUCAGUACCGUUACCACAGCCGUUAAUGUGCCAGUUCCGGUUCCACAACCAGUUACAGUAACCCGCCCAGUAGCAGUACCAGUCCCACAACCGGUUCCGGUAGCUGUACCGCGCCCAGUCGCAGUACCAGUUCCAGUACCCCAACCGGUUGUUGUGCCACGACCAGUUCCAGUCACUGUCACCAGAACCGUUGCAGUUCCAGUACCACAACCGGUUCAAGUACCAGUUCAAGUACCUGUGCAAAUUCCAGUUCCUCAGCCUUAUCCAGUAACCGUACCACAACCAGUUCCAGUUAGAGUACCAAACACCGUCGUCGUACCAGUACCACAACCCAUCUUCGUUGGUGGAGGUGGUGGAGGUGGUGCUGGUGGAUUUGGAGGAGGAGCUGGAUUUGGUGGUGGAUUCGGGGGUGGUCUUGGUGGAGGAUUAGGAGGAGGAUUAGGAGGUGGAUUAGGAGGCGGAUUAGGAGGUGGAUACGGAGGUGGAUACGGAGGUGGUCAUGGAGGUUUAGGAGGUGGACUUGGAGGUGGAUUAGGUGGAGGACAUGGAGGUUUCGGAGGUGGAUUAGGAGGUGGACACGGAGGCUUCGGCGGUGGACUAGGAGGUGGACAUGGAGGAGGUGCCAGCAGCUAUGCCUCAGUCUCCUUUGGAAAACAUUAACUUAAUAAGACUCCAAAAGUUAUAUACCAAAAAAAAUUAAGCCAUGAUCACGACCAAUUUUCCAUCCAGAACAUCAAUGUGAUACGUUUUUAGUCGUCGAAAUCUAAAAAGGAAACAAUCCAGUAAUACCAAGAAAGUAUUAUAAAAAUGAUUGAUCAGAAAAAAACGUAUUAUUUAAUUCUCCUGUACAUAAUUUAAAAAUAAAAAGCUAUUAUAAGUU